ACAAUUAGUCUCUUCGAACAGCAAUGAAGAAUUUAAUAAGAAUCAUCGUUGCAGUGAUUAGCUUUCUAGGACUCGCACACUCACUGCAAUUCCCUCGGAACGCCGAUCAAACCAGAUGGGCUCUUAAAUCUUGUCUCAGAGAAGCCAGACCGCCAAGGAGUUUAGGGGCGAAAUGGAGAGAGUUAACCCUACCCAAGAAUGAGCGAACUUUCUGCUUUGUCCAGUGUCUAUGGACAUACUUGGGAAUCUUCGAUGAAAAGACAAGAAGAUUCAAUACAAGCGCCAUCGAAACCCAAUUCAUAAGCCGAGGGUCGCUUUCUCCUAAAAGUCUUCACACGCUUAAAGGUCAAGUGAAGGGUAAGACGUGCAAGGAAGUCUACAAAUUCUCCAUAGACUUCCUGAAGAAGUACAAGUCGGAAUUCAGACACGUUUUCUAUCUCACUGAUCAGACAUCCUUGACUUGGUACAGUCAAAAUAGGGGAAAAGUGAAGGGAAGAGGUGAGAAAGCUUCAAGCUUUUGCCAGAAGGAAAGCAAUGAGUGUGAAAGGCUUCAUUGCAGAUUUUACUACUAUCGCCUAGUCGAUGAGGAUUAUAAGAUUAUUUUCUUCCAAAAGAUCAUGAUUUAUGGUAUUUCGAAUAGGCAAUUCAAUCAAUGCAGAGAAGAAGCUGACAAGAAGACUGGUUGUAACGUCGCCAAAACCUUCAAGGAAUGUCUAGAGAAAAUUGACAACGAGAAAGUGCAGAAUGCAAUGGAAGCUUGGGACUAUGUGUCUCAACGUUACGCCUAAAGACGAAAGCUUUACCCAGAGUACGAUCACUUGUGCAAACAAGAGUUUUAAAUGGUUGAAAGCUGUGCAAAGCAAGUGUUAUUAUGAAAUACACUGUAUAAAAGACU